AUGGCCUACCUGGAAGAGAUAAACUUCAGCUUUGAGGGACAGCAGGGAUUUUUUCCUGGAAGAUCAACAAUGACAGCUCUAAAUGACGCUGUUGACUUCAUAGCUGAUCAUAUCGAUAGUGAAAGGACAGUGGUCAACACCUUCCUAGACCUCAGCAAAGCAUUUUAUGUCCUUGAUCACGACCAGGUCCUGGCAAAACUCAAAGGAUUGGGCCGUUCGGGCACAGUGCUUGACUGGUUCAGCAGCUAUUUGAGCGGCCGCGAGCAAUUGACGUGCAGAGUGUCUUCACACUUCAGAAGUGGACGGUACGGAUCCUGGCUGGACUAA